AUGCUUCUCAAACAAUUGGCUAAUAGAUUAUUGUCCUUGAGGUCCGUGUCCGUACAACGCUUUUUGCUAAAUCCAUGUGGAAGUUAUUACACUCCGAUUGCCUGUUCCUUACAAUGUGUUCGUUUCAAAUAUACACCAAAUAAAGGAGUACAAGGUAUACGCAAUCGAAAGAGUCAAUUCGAAUCGAAUGUCAAUCAACAAGAAAAUGAGGAUAGUGAAGAUCGAGAAAAUGAAGAAUUUGGUCAAUCGUUGAAUUUGGACGAUAGUGAAUACGACCUAGUGGCCAAUGGGGCCAUGCGGGUUACACGAAAAUCCACACAACCCCAAAACGUACUGGUCAUACAACCAUAUGUCAAGUGGUCCGUUAAACGUACCACUAACAUCACUCCAGAAGACCAAAUACAAGAAGCUGAAGCUCUGAUCCAUUCAAUUACCAAUUGGCGGGUGGCAAUGUCCAUUAAAGUUCCCCUGGAAUCUUUGGAAAGAAAAACUUUGUUUGGCAAAGGAAAAAUGGAAGAACUGAAACAAAUCGUCAACGAAUUGCGCUACAACAAAAGUCACAAUCAACAACCACUUACCUGUAUAUUUGUUAGCAAAGGAACCUUAAGUUUUGCCCAGAAAUCUCUGCUGGAAGCAACUUUUAAGCUUCCAGUAAUGGAUCGUUAUUCGGUGCUAAUACAAAUAUUACGUUUGCAUGCCACAAGUGCUGAGGCACGUUUACAGGUGGCAAUGGCCGAGAUACCGUACAUAUGGGGCCAAGCCAAAGAUUACAACACCUCGAAAUCAACUAAACUUGGCUACUCACUAACGGACACACAACGUGAUAUCUUGAAAACUCGCGAAAAGAAAUUAAAGGCGGAAUUGGAGCGCGUAAGAGCACAUAGAAAACUUUUGCGCAAUAAACGCAAACAAAACAACUAUCCAAUAAUUGCCGUUGUAGGUUACACAAAUGCGGGCAAAACCUCGCUAAUCAAGGCCUUAACCCAGGAACAGGCCAUAGAGCCAAGGGACCAGUUAUUCGCAACCCUAGAUGUCACGGCCCAUGCUGGGAAGUUGCCAUGCAAUUUAGAAGUAAUUUACAUGGACACUGUGGGUUUCAUGUCAGACCUACCCACCGGCCUGAUUGAGUGUUUCGUGGCCACCUUGGAAGAUGCAAUGCUGGCCGAUGUUAUUUUACACAUACACGAUGUAUCGCACAAUUGUUAUGGCGCACAAAAGCAACAUGUUGAACAGUCUCUGAAAAGUCUAACAGAUAAUUUGAUUGCUUCCGGAGCGGAAGAACCCGCCACAUUACCAACAAUCAUUAAUGUUGGCAACAAAAUCGACCUAUUGGCCAGGGGAAAAAGAACGAUCGAAGAUUUCCAAGGAUUUUUAGUUUCAGCCAAGAAACAAAAUGGUCUGAUGCCUUUACUCGAAGAAAUCGAACAACAGGUACUCAAAACAACGCAACGUAGAAAAAUUACAAUACGCGUGCCCAGUGGCGGUCCCGAAAUGUCUUGGCUGUAUAAAAACUCGGCUGUGGUAAAUAUCAAGGCCGAUCAGACGAAUGCCCAAAUACUCUUAAUGGAUAUCAUAAUAAAAGAAAGUGUUUUGCAACAGUUUAAGAAACAAUUCUGCAAAUAAAUACAAUUUAUUUUUUUUUAAUUUUAAGUCUCUGUAAUUGAGGAGAACAACGCAGUAAAUAUAAUUUUUUUUUAAAAUUGCACUAAACUAUACACAAUGUGAGUAUAAUAAAUACAAAAUGUCCUAAUGAAA